AUGAACGCGGCAGAGUGUUCUAUAGGGAGCAAUCCCCUAGCACAAUUCAAUAAGCAUACUCAACGUGAUAGAUCUCUCCAGCAUGGGUCAUCUAUGUCUAUGACACACGAACCAUCACCUCAACAGUUUAAAAGCACUCAGAAUGGUAUGUCAGAUGCCGCCAGAUUUCAUAUGCAGAAUUUUAUGAAUGACGGUAGUACGUCGAAUCCACAGAUGAGAUUGGGUCAACAACCAAUGGCUUUACGAAAUGCGACUGGAUCUUCUUCAAGUGUUAAUAUGACACCAUCCGUAAGGGAAUCGCCUGGCGCUCCCUUGCAACAGAAUGCAUGGUCACAGGAAUUUCAAUUCAAGGACGGUAGUUCUCAACAGUUACAACAACCAAGACAAACACAACAGCAACGAAAUGGUCCAAGUUACAGUUAUAGAGGUAUGGGUAUGCAGAACAUGCCUAUGGUCACGGGGCCUAGAAUGAUGAUGGGUCCUUCCAUGAUGCAUCCACAACAGCAACAACAACAACAGCAACAACAAUCACAUAAUGUGGAUCAACAAAAAAGUUGGGAUGAACAAUUCAAAGCAUUAGAGAGCGAAGUAGCGGAAAACUUAAACCUUCAAGAUGCUCAGACAGAGGAGACUCCAGUACAAGAAGCAACGCAAGAAAAUGACAUUGUAGGGGAUCAGUACCAGAGUGAAUUUCAACAAGUGUGGGAUUCUUUACAAAAGGAUGCAGAUGAUCUUUUAACAGAGGAUUUAGCCGGUACACAAGAGUGGGAAAAUGAUUACCAAAGAUUUCUGAACGGCAGAGUAAGUGGUAAUUCGGAGUACAAAUUCGAAGGGGAAAACCAAUUUUUACACAACCCCAAUGCAUAUGAAAUUGGUUGUGUCCUUAUGGAGAAUGGUGCUAAACUUAGUGAAGCAGCUUUGGCAUUCGAAGCAGCAGUACAAGAAGAUCCCCAACAUGUGGAUGCCUGGUUGAAACUGGGUGAAGUACAAACUCAAAAUGAAAAGGAGUUAAGCGGUAUAAACGCGCUGGAACAGUGUUUAAAAUUAGACCAACAUAAUGUGGAGGCAAUGAAGUCUCUGGCUAUUAGUUAUAUCAAUGAAGGCUAUGAUGUGAGUGCAUUCACAAUGUUAAAUCGUUGGGUGGAGGCCAAAUAUCCCGAUUUGAUUGAGAAUACCGAUGGGUCGGCAAUAGAUAAUGAAACGGAAAGAUACAAGUUAAAUGUGAGCGUAAGGAACAGGUUUUUACAAAUUGCCAAUCGCUUACCGCAAGUGGAUCCCGAUGUGCAGUUGUGUCUAGGUCUUUUAUUCUAUGUGGAUGAUCAGUUCGACAAGACUAUUGACUGUUUUAAAGCUGCGCUAAGUGUAAACUCUAAUGAUGAAUUGAUGUGGAAUCGUCUCGGUGCCUCAUUAGCCAACUCGAGUAGAUCAGAAGAGGCAAUUCAAGCUUAUCACAGGGCUCUACAGCUGAAACCAUCAUUUGUAAGAGCUCGGUACAACUUGGCAGUCUCAUCCAUUAACAUAGGUUGCUACAAGGAAGCUGCAGAACAUUUACUUACGGCACUAAGUAUGCACGAAGUCAGUGGCGGUGCAACGAAUCCAUCGAUGACUGUGGACAGUAACAAUAUAUUGGAGACACUAAAGAGAGCGUUUGUCGCUAUGGACAGACGUGAUCUACUAGAACGAGCAAAACCUGGCAUGGAUUUACAAUCCUUUAGAAAUGAAUUCAAUUUUUAA